AGAAACAAACCUGUUCCUCUGUCGAACUCAUUCCUGGUGCUCUAAGGUUUAUUAUACUAAGAUAAAUAUUAUAGAAAAAGUUCAAGAUUAAUAUUAGUUAUAUUUAAAGGUGUUUGUAUUUAUUCCCGAUGAGCAAGUCUGAGGUGACUUUAGUGAUGAAUAACUCUCUUCUCAGGUUAAAGAGAAGAUUUAUUUGUUGCCUUGUUUUUGUUGGUAAGCUUUAUUUCACAGGAGACGUAUAUUAAUAAUAUAUUUCUAAUCUCCGAGUGUCCGAUGUUAGUCGUCAUUAAAUCCUAACAAAGGAUUAAAGGAAAAGUAACAUUCCUCGUACAUUUAAUAUCUAGAUAUAUUGUUUGUUUGUUUUUUAAUAGCGAAAUAUUUAAAAAAAUGCUUCCUUAAUCUGGUAUUUAGUUUAAUUAGGAACUACACCUAUGUAAAUAUAAACAGGAACUGAAAACAGGAAUUUAGAAAAAGCUUAAUUAGAAACCGAGAAUGUCUAAAUGUGGCCGCGGUACAAGGGAGCCAGUGGUGGGAAUUUCCCUGAAAAUGUUUUGUACUUUGAGGUUUCUUUUUUUUUCCAAGGGCAAAUGUUACAUGUCUAGCAAGUAGCCUCCCACUUCCUCCCACAUGAAAUCCCCUAACCCCAAUAUCUAUCAGAAUACGAACCAGUCGUCGUCAAAGUCAGGUCAUGUGGCACUUCAGUGUAACUAACAGAUGGUGCUUUAUUUAUCAUCUGUUAUUUAUCAGCAUUUUACUGGAUAAAUUGUAAAUGAGAACAAUGAACUGUAUCUAAAGUAUAAGUGGCUGGGAAGCAGUGGAGUUAUAUUAGUUGUGCUCUCGCUCCCCUGUCCAUCACAGCAGUAAGCAUCCAGAACAUCAUGUAUGUGGAUGGCACUUGCCCUUAAGCCAUCCGGUGAUGCAGUAGGAUUUCUCAGAUAGCUGUGGUAAGAUGGGAGAGCUGACUAGUUGAUGGGAAUUGGGGAAAAAUGAUGCUAAUUGUAUAACCAACCACACAAAAACACACAUUUUUGGUAUUCUUGUAUUUGACAGCCUGCAUUUGCAUAGUGAUUCUGAUAGGCUGUUAUAUUUUAUGACAAAACAACACAUGCAAAUCAGAUUUUUUCAGGUCUUCGGGCAUGGCGGCUUAAAUGAUGGCACAUUUGACUCAACCCACCAGGGUUGUGGGUUUGAUUCCUGAAUCCUCUAUGUGUGUUUGGAGAUAUCCCAAUAUUAUCCAUGUGCUUCGGGCUGUUUCUGAGUACUCCAGGUUUCUCCCCAGUCCAAAAACAUGCUGUAGGCUAAAUGGCAUUACUUGUGUGUGUGUGUGUGUGUAUACAUUAUAUGUGCCCGAUGAUAUGUGGUCCAUAACAUGGUGGUUCUCGGUGUCCUUGUGUCCUGAGUCCCCUGGGAUAGACUCCAGGUUCCCUUUGACCCCGUAAAGAAUAAGUGCUCCAGAAAAGAUGGAUUUUCAGACUUUAAUGUUUCUUACAUUUAUUUAGUUGUAUGAGAUGCUGUACAUUUUAUAGCAGCUUAGGCUGACUUUGAGUAGUAGUUCAUAUAGACAUGAGGCUUGUUCUUCCAGACAUCUACUAGUAACGCAUUAAAAAAUAACUAAACGUGAGUCGUAUCACGAGUUAGACUUUAUGCUUAUGUACGUAUGACCGUUCAGAGACUGUAGGUUUAAGGAAGAGACGAAGUACAGAGCAUUAAGACGCGGUCUAUGUUACUGAUCAGUGGUUAAAAAAGAAGAAGAAAGCAGAGAACAUGAUGACAGAUAAAACCUUCUGACAUCUCGUAAGCUUAUCUUUAUGUUUAUUAUCAAUCUGUAAUUUGUAGGUGUAAAAUGCCAGAGUAUAUCUAAUACACUGAAAACUGAGUGUAAGAAGAAGAAGACAAGGAUGGAGGUUGUAUAAAUAUGACUGGAAGGUGCACGUUAGACUGGUUUCCAUGGCGAGAAAUGCUGAGCACUUUCUAUAUAUCUUAUUUCAAACGUUUCAGGUCACAAACAGGGGACCUGAGACCAGCGAGACAUAGUUCUUAAUCAGAAUUUUUUUUCUAGGUAAGGAUAGAGAUGUGAUAGCUUGAUAAUUAUUACGACUACUUCUUUAGAACAUCCUCUGGAUGCUAUUUAUGAAUAUGAAAGCAGGCAGGAAGUUGCAAAAAAAAAGCUUGAGGUAAGUUUGAUAACUGAGAGCUGUUGAAUUGCCAUCGUACAGCCAUUCGUAUUUCGAGCCCUGUGAAAACAUGAAUUGCACAAAUCUUUCCUCCACCACUAACCAAACAUUUCCAGUGAAGUCCCAGCCUGUCUCUAUCACUGUGCUGAUUUGCCUGUUCCUCAUGACUGGGUUUCUCCUGAACAUCUUCAGCUUGUGGGUCUUCAAGUACCGUACUCCAGGCUGGAAGUCUGGAACGGUUCUCCAGUUCCACCUGGCCAUCAGCGAUCUUAGUUUAUGUCCUCUUGGACCCUUUUUAGCGGUUAACUUUACAAAGGGAUACUGGCCUUUCGGACAUCUGAUGUGUCGGCUCAAGAUCGCCCUGUUGUUCGUCCACUUUUAUUCCAGUAUCUUUUUUCUCACUCUCAUAAGCAUCCACCGUUACGUCUCCGUGGUCUACCACAGUCAGGAAUUCCGAAUGCAACAAAAGGACUUUGUAAAGAAGCUUUGUCUAGGAGUUUGGGCUUUCAUUCUGACUAACGGUGUGGUGUAUUGUCUGCUUCUGGGUGCAAGCGGAAAGGAUGAACACAUGUUGUGCUACAGCAUCCACCAGACAGAUUACAAGGAGAAGUAUUUUGCUCUAAAUUUUGUUCUACUCAUCCCCGGAUUCCUGAUCCCAUUCAUGAUAUCAGUGGUGUGCUACAGCCGCUUGGCAAGAUCCGUGUCCAGCAUCAACGUCUGCCAUCUAAAAGGCAGGCAAAUGAAGAAUAAGUCACGUAAAAUGAUUGCUGUUUGCUUGCUGAUAUUUGUAGUGUGUUUUUCACCUUUUCAUGUGAUUCAAAGUGUAAUGGUGGUGGUCAAUAAAUUCUACCCCGAUCUCUGCAACCUGCUUUUGAAAUUGGAGACACUGUACUAUGCCUCCUGGAUCCUGUUUACAGCCAACUGCUAUCUUGAUCCACUGAUCUAUUGCUUUGCCUCACAGAACUUUAUGGCAGCCUUCCGCAGCUCCAUGAGAAAAAUACGAGUCAGGUUCCAAUCAACUCAUGAGAAUACUGACCAUGAUAGCCCUCAGACCACAUAUGUCACCCCCACGCCAAGGAUGACUAAGAGGGAAAAUAUGUCCAUGACUCACUUAUAAUUCCUGUAUCUGUUUAUGUGUGUGUGUUUAUGUGUGUGUGUAAAAAAAAAAAGUGUGUCUGUGUGUGUGUUUUGGGGGGUGUAAGGUGGAUCUAUGGGGCAUCAUUUCUAAAAUGUUCAUAGAAUCAGGUUUGAUCUUGAAUUUCACAGAUUUGAUAAUAAAAAUUAGAAAUGGGGAUUUCUGAAACCUAGAACCAAUGUUUUUUUGUUGUGCUUAUUUACCAGUAUUCUAGUUCACUCUCACUUCUCGGGGAACUUUCAGACCAGCCAGUGGUACAGAAGCUAGAGUGACUGAAAAAAUAUAUGAUUUUCCCAAAUGAAGACAGAUAGAAAGACCAACAAAGAUAGACCGAUAGAAAAAAUAUUAAAGAAUCUGAAAGGGGGUGGG